AUUUGUUUCCAAAUCUGUUCCAGAUAUGAAAACAAGAAAGGUGUGACCUAGGCUAAUUGCCUAUGAAUACUUUUAUAUGGAUUCUGCUUGGAGUCACAUAAAGAAUCAAGAUUCACAUAAAUUCGGGAUGCUAUAUAAAUGGAAGCCCGAUAUGAGCAGCUGACAUCAUCUCGGUCUUGGAAAGUUGUCCUGCACAAGGGAACUGAAGAAGAGCUGAGAUGUUACUCCUACCGGGAAAAUCGAUGCAAAAGUUUCUUCUUCCACCUUUUUUCCAUCUUUUUACUUGGAAUUCCAUACCUCUGCAUCUAUUGGAGGGCAGACUGGGGCAUGAAGUUGAUGAAGAGUCGCUGCCCCAUGGACCAAGCAGAUUUCCUCAUACUCAAGGACUGUCAUGGGCAGAAGUUUACUGUGGAAGUGAAAAAUCAACCUGUAGAUAGGACCUUCCCAUUCCAUCUAAUCAGUGAGAGUCUUAGUCAAACUCAUACCUGGGCCACUUCCCCUACUCCAUCAACUCAUCUCAUGGAAGCCUUAGUUCUCAACCUCAAGUACUUCACAUUUCACCAUGUCAAAUAUAUCUGGGAUCCUGUUGAGUUCACCUGGGUUACAUUAUGUGGACUGGAUGAACAAGUUGAAGUGUCCAAGGUCUUAGAACAGUUUCAUGGAUACACUAUUGAGGAGCAGCAGCAAAGGCUCCUCCUUUAUGGAGAAAAUGAAAUACAAGUUGAGGUGAAGUCAUACUGGACUCUACUAGUCACUGAAGUUUUGAACCCAUUCUACAUCUUCCAAAUUGGAAGCAUUAUUCUCUGGAGUCUGGAUAAUUACCUCUUAUAUGCUGUUUGCAUUUUCCUCAUAUCUGUUGUCUCCAUUGGAGUAUCCCUUUAUGAAACAAGGAAGCAAAGUGAGACCCUCCAUCAGAUGGUAGCAUCUUCUGCUGUGAGCCAUGCCACUGUCAUGAGAAGUUCAUCCAGUCAGUUCACUAAUAAAGAUCAUUUUGCAUGUAUAUAUUUCCUGAUUUGGUUAUAUUGUGAAUAUUGGCUGAAUGGUUCAGGAAUGGAGGAAGUGAAUGUACAGAUGCUUGUGCCAGGGGAUGUGAUAGUGAUUCCUCGCAAUGGAUGCAUUAUGCCCUGUGAUGCUGCUCUCAUUCAAGGCUCAUGCAUUGUCAAUGAAAGCAUGCUCACUGGUGAAAGUGUUCCCGUGACCAAGACGCAGCUGACACACACAGAAGAUGAAGAAAUAUACUCAUCUGAAAUCCAAAAGAGACACACACUGUUUGCUGGAACUCGGGUUAUACAGACUCGCUUCUAUGGCCAAAAUAAGGUUUUGGGUGUGGUAGUAAGAACAGGGUUUUCUACAGCAAAGGGAGAACUGAUUCGAUCAAUACUCUUCCCCAAGCCGAUGGGAUUUCGUUUCUACAAGGAUUCUAUCAAGUUCAUUCUAGCCAUGUUCUUCAUUGCAUUAUGUGGAAUGGUCUACUGCAUUUACAUCUAUGUGGAACAAGGAGCACAAGUUCAGAGGAUCAUCAUUCGAACACUAGACAUCAUCACAAUUGCUGUUCCACCUGCAUUACCAGCUGCAAUGACUGUUGGUACAGUCUAUGCUCAGAAUCGAUUGCAGAAGCAGGGUGUCUUCUGCACUUCUCCUCCUCGCAUCAAUGUGUGUGGGAAGCUCCAGCUCUUCUGCUUUGACAAGAGUCAACUGUAUUUCCAGACAGGGACCCUGACUGAAGAAGGGCUGGACAUGUGGGGUGUUGUCCCAAUCUCAUCAGGACCCAUUGAAAUUGAACCAUUAUUGACAAAUGUGGCACUUCUACCUGAAUCCAAUCCUCUCCUUAUUGCCUUGGCAACAUGUCAUUCUUUGACCAUGGUUGACAACCAGCUUACAGGUGAUCCACUUGACGUGAAGAUGUUUAAUGCCACUAAAUGGAUCUUGUUUGUUUGGUCUCAUUUGAGAAAAAGGGUAUGCUUUCAGGUGUUGGAAGAACCUGGGGAAGAUGAAGAAUCUCGUUUCGAUCUCCUGCUCCCAACAGUUGUCCGACCUCCUAUCGUCCCUCAAAUCGGUUUUGACCCCAACCUUGCUAGUGGAAAUGGAGGAGAUGGACUUGAAGAGACCGAAUUUGCCAUCCCCUAUGAGGUUGGCAUUGUUCGGCAGUUCCCAUUCACUUCUUCCCUUCAGCGAAUGUCAGUCAUCACACGCACCCUUGGCAAAGAUCACAUGGAUUUCUUCUGUAAGGGAGCUCCUGAGAAGAUUGCUUCCCUCUGCCAUCCUCAAUCAAGAGGGUUCUGGGAACGUGUGCGUGAAUACACGGUGCAAGGAUUCAGAGUGCUGGCAUUUGCAUGGAAACCUUUGGGCAAAAAAUUCUCUUGGCAUCAGGCCCAAAGAAUCAAGAGGGAGACUCUGGAACAUGAGCUAAGUCUUUUGGGUCUCCUCAUCAUGCGGAACACUCUCAAACCACAAACCACACCUGUCAUCCAGGAACUCUAUGCUGCCAAUAUCCACUCUGUCAUGGUCACUGGAGAUGACAUUUUGACUGCAGUGAGUGUGGCCCAUGAAUGCAAGAUGAUCAAACCAAACAGUCAAGUGAUCGUUGUCUCAUGCAGUCCUUCUGAGGAGUUCACUUCUCCUUGGAUCCUCUUUGAAGAAGCUGAGAUGCCUCAAGCUGACAUUGAAACAGCAAUGAAUGCAGCAAUCGCAUCUACUACCUACUCCUCUGUGGAUGAGACCCUUGUGUGCCUGGGAUCAGAGGAGAAAGAGUCUGUGUUGGCAUUGACUGGGAAGACAUGGGCAGGAUUACGCACCCACUUUCCCUUCUUGGUCCCUUUUGUGACUUUGAAGGGACGAGUGUUUGCUCGAAUGGCACCUGAUCACAAGGCUCAACUGGUGGAAAGCUUUCAAGCCCUGGAUUAUGUUGUUGGGAUGUGUGGAGAUGGAGCCAAUGACUGUGGGGUAAGAAAUCUUUCUCAUGUCUUUUUUGAUGAGAAUCCCUCCAAGAUGGAAAAUCAUUACAUUUAUCUACUUCAUACUAUCAGGAUCAAAUUUUGGUUCUGGGCCUUGAAGACAGCACAUGUUGGGAUCAGUCUGUCAGAUGCUGAGGCUUCUGUUGCUGCUCCCUUCACAUCUCGCAUUACUGACAUCACAUGUGUGCCUCGGGUCAUUCGAGAAGGAAGGUGUUCCCUCAUGACCAGCUUUGGAACCUUCAAGUACAUGGCCUUGUACUCCAUGGUUCAGUUCAUCUCAGUCCUCAUUCUGUACACAGUAAGACUUUUCUCUCUUUAUCUGCUGACUUUGGUGAAAUCUAUACAAUGCCUGCUGAUCCUAUCAUGGGACCUUGCACAGAGGAGGACAAACUUGGGAGACAUGCAGUUCCUCUACAUAGACCUCGUGAUCACAACAUCAGUGGCUGUUUUAAUGGGUCUCACCCCUGCUUACCCUGUACUUGUUAAGCGGACCCCACCUGGGAGUCUCCUUAGUCCUUCCAUUCUCCUAUCCAUCAUUCUUCAGAUCCUCCUUGCUUGUGGAAUCCAGAUUGCUGCUCUAUAUCUCUUGCUUUUCCAGCCAUGGUUCCAUGGUGACCCAAAUCAUGAUGAAUUGGUGGACCCAAUAGGAAGAGGAGGAGGGGAUCAAGAAAUAGUUAAAUCUUGGGAGAAUUCUGUGAUCUUUAGUGUCAGUUCCUUCCAGUACCUGAUUUUGGCUGCUGCUGUCUCCAAGGGACCUCCAUUUCGCAAGCCUUUCUAUGCCAACUACCUGUUCCUGGUGGCUCUUCUGGGCUUGGGAUUGUUCAAUGCUUUGCUUUUGGUCCUUCCUUUGGCCCCUUUGGCCUCCUUCUUUGAGCUGAUGCCCCAUCAUCAACCCAUUGCGUGGUUCUUUCGCCUUCUUCUCCUUGGCCUCAUUUUCCUCAAUAUUUUCUUCUCUUUCAUCAUCGAGUGGAUUUUAGAUCUGCACUGCUUGAAACGACUUUUGAAGGCAAAGAAGAAGGGACAAAGAGAGUCAAAGGGAUACAAGGAAUUGAGUUAUCAACUCAAUAAGUUCCUGCCUGACUGGCCUCCAAUUGGCGUGAAACUCUUUGUGGAAGAUAUACCUGAAUACCUCUGCAAUAUGGAUCCUCCUGUCAUU